UGAGGCCGCCGACGGAGCCGGUAACGGGAGGUGAGAGAUGGCGUCGCCGCUGCUGCUGCUGAACUGGCGGCGGGGGUGCUCGGCGGAUCGCUGACGCUCAGGCCAAUACGGUAGGCACCAUGAGCGGCCGCAGGAGCAGGCGGCCGAGUGUGAGCGGGCGGGAGGCGGUCGGUAACGGCCAGAGCGGAGCUCGGCGGGGCGGCGCAGAAGUUGAAUCGAAGAAGAAGAAGAAGCUGCUGGCUAUUCAUCAGGCUCUGAAUGAUGACCCAGUGGACGUGAGGACUCUACGGCAGUGUGCAGUCAGUGAGGGUGGCCUGCUGACCGAUGAGAUCCGCAGGAAGGUCUGGCCAAAGCUGCUCAAUGUGAAUGUUUACGACCUCCCUCCAAAGCCAAGCAAGGACAUACGAGAAGGUCACAAAGACUACAGCCAGGUUGUCAUGGAUGUACAGCGGUCUCUUCGCAGGUUUCCAAACGGGAUGCGGGCUGAUCAACGAGCAGUCCUACAAGAACAGCUGAUUAAUGUCAUCCUGUAUGUGUUGCAAAGGAACAAACAGCUUCACUAUUACCAGGGCUACCACGAUAUCGUCGUGACCUUCCUUCUGGUGGUUGGGGAGAGGAUGGCCAUCGCACUCAUGGAGAUCCUGUCUUCUCAUCAUCUCAGGGAUUUCAUGGAUCCUACAAUGGACAGCACUAAACAUAUCUUAAAUUAUCUAAUGCCAAUUCUGGAGCAGGUGAAGCCAGAUCUCCACAACUUCAUGCAGAGGGCCGAAGUUGGCACCAUCUUUGCCCUGAGCUGGCUGAUUACCUGGUAUGGUCAUGUUCUCUCCGAGUUCCGUCACACCGUCAGGCUCUACGACUUCUUCCUGGCAAGUCACCCACUGAUGCCUGUCUACCUUGCGGCAGCGAUUGUGCUGUACAGGGAGCAGGAAGUUCUCAAGUGUGAAUGUGAGAUGGCGAGCGUCCAUCAGCUUCUGUCCAAGAUACCUCACGACCUUCCUUACGAGAAGCUGAUCAUCAAAGCCGAGGAGCUGUAUUGCCACUACCCACCCGCAGAGCUCGCCAAGCAGGCUGCACUCCAGUUUCACAAAAGUGUCACCAUCAGCACUUUCCAGGACUUCCAGCUAGCAACAUCCCAGCAGCGCCCUGAUGCUGUGCUCUACAAACAGUCCAGGGAGAGAGCUCGCCUGUCACCCAGCCACGCCAAGGCACCGGCUCCAACAGGGGCCAACCAGCUGGUGAAGAUGGCAGUGUGGGGACUCACAGCCACGCUGGGAGCAGCUGCUUUGGCCGUGGUGAACACGGCCAUGGAGUGGGCGCCAGAGUUUGUCUUUCAGCUGUUUCCAUAGCCACUGGCGUUUUG